UUCAUCAUUUAUAAAAAUCAAGAUGGCUCCGGAACCUUGUAUACCGAGCAGUGGCAAGACCUACAUCGACGACAUGUUGAAUAUGAAAGAUCAAUCUAACAUCGAUAGUGGGAUAAGCGACGUAACCGAGUUCUACGAUGGUUGUAACGUUCUAUUAACGGGGGGAUCAGGAUUUAUUGGGAAGCUUCUUGUGGAAAAGUUACUCAGAACAUGCUCAAGUAUGGGAAAAUUGUACAUGCUGUUGAGAGCGAAAAAAGGCAAAACACCUGCGCAGAGAUUCAAGGAACAAUUAGAGGAUCCCCUGUACGAUAGACUGAGACGCGAACAGCCGAAUUUCGCCGACAAAGUUGUUAUAAUCGAAGGCGAUACUGGCGAGAAAAAUUUGGGCCUUUCCUCAACAGCUCGCGAUUUCCUUGUAAAAAAUACUCACAUCGUUUUUCACGGAGCCGCAACAGUUCGUUUCGAUGAAAGUCUGCGUAAGGUAGUCAACAUAAACGUCAGAGGUGUGAAGCUGAUGCUGUUGCUAGCCAAGGAAAUGAAAAAUCUGAAAGCUUUCGUGCACGUUUCCACUGCCUACUCACACUGCAAUUUGGACUACAUUGAAGAAAAGUAUUACAAGCCAGCUAUGGAUCCGGACAAAGCCAUAUCCAUGGUGGACAUGUUGGAUGACGAAGUCUUGCAACACAUAACCCCAAGAGUUAUCGGAUCCUGGCCGAACACGUACGCGUUCUCGAAGGCUGUCGGCGAAGAUGUAGUGCGCCUGUACAGCCGUGGACUGCCAACAUGCAUCGUACGGCCGUCGAUCGUGUUGUCAACGAUGAAGGAACCGGUGGCCGGUUGGAGUGACAACCUCUACGGGGCCACUGGUGUCUCUGUAGGAGCUUAUGUCUGCCUACUGCGAGUCUUGCACUGUGAGGCCGAAAAAACUGCGGAGAUGAUUCCUGCUGACUUUGUCAUUAAUAACGUCAUCGUUGCUGCUUGGGAUGUCAACAAGUUAUGGAAUGAGAAAAAGAUGGCAAUAGAGCCAGUGGGUCGAAGUGAUUUAGAAGUGUCGCAGCCACCUAUUUAUAACUGCGUGUCAUCGUGCCAGAAACCUUUGACUUGGAAUGACUUCAUGCAUCUGAAUUAUAUCAAUGGAAUUGAUGUACCAUCUCGAUUGACUCUUUGGUACCACGUGUUUAUCCUCACCAAAUACAAAUGGUUCUACAAUUUCGCUAUACUCUUCUUGCACUUGAUACCGGCUAUCAUUGUCGACAAUCUUGCCAGACUUACCGGUAGAAAGCCCAUGCUGUUAAGGACUUACCAAAAGAUCCACAAAUUCAGCGGAGUUAUAGCGUACUUCUGCACUAAACAGUGGAAAUUCAAUAAUGACAACGUCUUGAGGUUGUGGAAAAGAACUAGCCUUACUGAUCAAAAGAAAUUUGACUUCAAUGUGAAGAAUCUUGACUGGAACGACUACUUCCUCUAUCAUAUCCGCGGAAUCCGUGUUUACUUACUCAAAGACCCAAUGUCAACAGUAGAACAAGGACGCGCCAAGUACAAAUUACUGAAUGCAGUCUGCGGCUGGUUACACUCGCUGCGUUACUUUGAUGUGAGAAGCUCUGCAGAGACGGUCAACGUGUCCUGGUCAAUUUUGUAA